UUUCCUCCUAGUGGACGGACAUUUCUCUGCAUUGACAUUUCAAAAUGGCGGACCAAGAAGCGGCAGUGAGAGAAUUUGUUGCAGUUACAGAUGUGGAUGAGGAGAGGGCCAGGUUUUUCUUGGAAUCGACUGGUUGGGAUUUACAGCUUGCCCUGGGUAACUUCUUUGAAGACGGGGCUGAAGAUGACAUCGUAACCCUGCCUCAGCCAGAGAGCGGAUCAGGCGGCAGGUCAGCCGGACCAAGUGAGCAGCACCGCGUCACCUCCUUCAGAGACCUGAUGCACGAGGAAGAGGAGGACAGUGAUGAGGAGGAAGGCCAGAGGUUCUUUGCUGGUGGUUCGGAGCGCAGUGGGCAGCAGAUCGUGGGGCCACCAAAGAAGAAGAGUUCCAACGAGGUGGUGGACGACCUGUUUAAGGGGGCCAAGGAGCACGGAGCCGUGCCCGUCGACAAGGCCGGGAAAGGGGGCGGGGAAAGUAGUCGUGCUAGGGCGUUUGUAGGCGGGGGCUACCGGUUGGGUGCUGCCCCAGAGGAGGAGUCUACCUACGUGGCAGGAGCAAGGAGAGCCUCCAGCGGCACACAGGACGUGCAUGUGGUGCUGAAGCUGUGGAAAACAGGUUUUAGUCUGGACGAAGGAGAGCUGCGGGACUACAACGAUCCAGGAAACGCUCUCUUCCUGGAGUCCAUCCGGAGGGGGGAGAUUCCUCUGGAGCUGCGGCAGCGUGCCCGCGGUGGCCAGGUCAACCUGGACAUGGAGGACCACCGGGACGAGGACUUCUCCAAGCCCAAGACCGCCUUCAGGGCCUUCACCGGGGAGGGCAUGAAGCUCGGCAGUGCCACUCCUGAGGUGGUGUCGCCCCAUAGGAUGAACCAGCAGGAGCUGGCAGCUAAUGAGGCGCAGGCCACCGCCUCCAUCACCGUCGACCAGAGCCAACCCGUCACCAACAUCCAGAUCAGGCUCGCAGACGGCGGCAAACUAGUGCAGAAGUUUAACCAUACCCACAGGGUGUCGGACAUCCGCCAGUUUAUAGCCGGCGCGCGGCCCGCCAUGGCAGCUACGGAGUUCGUCCUCAUGACCACCUUCCCCAACAAGGAGCUGACGGACGAAAGCCAGACGCUGAAGGACGCUAACCUGCUCAACGCCGUCAUCGUCCAGCGGCUAAAGUGACAGCGCUGUGUGGUGCCGCCGCCCCCUUGUGGCCUGGCCCUAUAACAGCACUCUCGAGCCCCCAAUUAUCACCUGGGGGAUCACUUGGACUUGUGGACUUCUUAAUUGCUUAUUUUUUUUCCUCUGUAGUGGCGUGUUUUCCUCUUCAGUACUGUGGAGAGCACUGAAGAUGAUGAUGUUUGAAGAUGGUCGUAAUGCUGGCUGGGGGCUAUUGGAGGCUGCUCUGGUGCCCUGAAUGAAGAGUGUGUGAUUGCAGAUUGAAAAAUAUGAAACAAAUGGUUUGGUUUGGUUGGGGUGGGCUUGGGUGUACUCGAUGGAACACAAAAUAAUUUGGUUAAUAAAGAGCUUUUUCUUAAAGGGUUCAACAUGUAUUUUACCUCAAUGAUUGUUAGUCAUCAGAUAUCGCCUCUCUCUCUCUCCCUCCCACUGCUUCCUCCCUCCUUUCACUUCUCUCUGUCCUUCCCUCCGCACUGAAUCCCAUCACUCCCCCCCUCCCCCAUUCUCUCUAUCCAUCCUUCCAUUGCAUCUCAUCCCCUCUUUUGCCAGUAGCCUUACUUUGAAAAUCCCAGUUAAAGAACACUAACCUCUUUUUAAUCGCUUGUCAUUCAAAAAGUCGUUAUGAACUCUGCAAGGGAAAAAAAGGGGUUAAAUAUUUUUUUAUGAUUUUUUUUCUUUCUUUUUUUCUUACUUACUUUACAGAAGUGAGGGUUAUAUUUGCUAUAUAAAGCUACCCGAACUAAGGUUGGCUUUUUAUAUGAUGUCAUAUACCAUAUAAAUUCUGUUGCCUAACAGCCAUUCUGUUACAAUCUGAAAUUAUAAUAAUAAUGACCUUAUUAUGAUGGCCACAUGAGUUGUCAAAACCAUAGACGUUAACUGUCACAUCAGACCGAGGUGGCGGCCGUACUAUAUUAUUAUUCUAUGCAGCGACUCGCAGUAGACCUGGAUGCACUGAGUGCGUGUAUGGAUCUUUGGAAACUUGUGAUUAAAAUUCUUUGUCUGGUGUUA